AUGGCUGAAGAAGAGCAUUUUGAUGCAUCUGCAUCAGCAUCUGGGCCUGUUGGAUAUCCAGGAGGACCGUAUGAUACCUCUCUUUUAGUUAAGUACGAACAUCAUGUUGCUAGACAUAUAUGGUUCGGUGAGGAGAGAGGGUCGAAGAAAGAGUUAAAGGUAGCGGGACAUGGGUUGAAGUUGAUUCAGAGGGUUCCACUACAACUACCCAGAGAGAUGGAGGGUUGGAUAUCUAGGUCUGGGCUAGCUUCACUCUAG